AAAAAGGAUAUGAAAAUUUCACGAAAACAUGUUUGAAAGAUUACGUGAUAAAGAGUAGACUGGAAGAGAUGUAUGGUGGCGUAGAUAAGCAACUGGAAUGUGAAAAUUAUGGAACUUCCAGAUGUCCUCAAGAAAGAAUUUGUGUCAAAUGCUCUAUUUGA